AUGGCUAAGAAACCGACAAGAGAGUACUUUGGAUUCUCACAAUUUUACGUAACAACAUUUACUCUUUGUUUCGUCUUUGUAUGGUCACUUCUUCCAAACCUAAAAAGCUAUGCAAACAGUGAUGGUCCACUUAGUAGGUACGUAAUAGGUUUCGCUGAGGAGAUAGUUGACCUAUUACCACAAAGAUACUGGAUAAUAGUAACAGAAUGUACGAUUCUGAUGGGGAUGUUAGUGGCAUAUUUGGGCAUUCUCUUUUACAAUGAAGAUGUAUUGACCGUUCCUCUUGAUGAUAUAAGAACUGUGACUGACAGCAAAGCAAAUAUUGCAAAGCCUGUGAACUAUCAAGACUUUUUGGAAAAUCAUGCAUUUAAAGAAACUAGCGGGGUAAUAGAUUUGCCAAUAACUGAAGUGUGUAGACUUUUAUAUGAAUACAAAGAUGGUGGUACGUAA